GGCAGCGACACACACGCAGUAGCCAGUAACAGCUGCGCGUCGUCUGCCGACGGUCACACGACGCUUGCGGUCACACAUUUUCGCCUCCGCCGCCGUUGUCAUGUCGUUUGUGUACGCGUUCCGUACGAUGGACGUGGUGCUGCUUGUCGCGUGUUCCUGUACGUUUUUCGGCGAGUUUCACACGACGUCCGCCGCCGUGCCGUAUCAAGACGAUGCAAAAGAGCUUAUAAUCAAUCAGUUGGCACAAAUUAUCAAGGAUCAAAACUAUAGGAUGCGGAAUAAUCUCCAGGACCCGUAUCCGAUCCCCCUCGAUCAGAUAGACGAUGAUAAACGGGCGUUCACAUACGACCUGGCAUCACAUCUACCUGAAAUAAACACUGGCAAUCAAGAAAUACCAUUCGCCGUAUUGCCCAAUGACCGUCGUUACUAUCAACCAGGUAGUUGGUGGUGGUCAGCUUUCGAUGUAUACAAUUUUUCAACAAAUAAUAAUAAUUUGUUCGAUUGCUGUUUUCCAGCUAAAGCCGCUGGCGUCGGUCUAGCUGUUCUGGUCGUCUUGCUCAUAUCAUCCAUAGCAUGCUAUAGAAUGCAAAAAAAUAACAAGGCGACGGCGGAUAUAGAGUACCCAGCGUACGGUAUCACUGGACCCAACAAAGAUAUGUCACCCACUGGCGACCGCCGCUUGGCACAGUCCGCCCAAAUGUAUCAUUAUCAACACCAGAAACAACAGAUCAUCGCUAUGGAAACGAACAGUUCGGUCAAGGAAAGUCGAUGCGGUUCAGUUAGCGAUCCRGACAGCGACGAUGACAACGAGGAAGGCGAUUACACAGUUUACGAAUGUCCGGGAUUAGCACCUGCUGGAGAAAUGGAAGUGAAAAAUCCGCUGUUCUUGGAUGACAACACGCCGGCGUCUCCCAAUGCUGUUAUAACUAGUAAAGACAAUAUUCCGGGAAAUGGUGUCAUACCAACUGCACCCGUCCCAUAAGAGAUUACUAAUCACCCAUCAUUCUAUAAAACAUUCGUCUAUAGAUCCAAAAUCAAAAUGUCAAUAACAUUAUUUUAUUUAUUUAUUUUUAAUUUUAAUACUAUACUAUAAUAAUUAUUACCUAAUUAUUUAAA